GAUAGAACAGCUGUACUGGGUUAAUGUGAUUAUAUGAAAUCUGAAUCUGAAAUCUGAAUAAAUGAAAAGAAAAACCCAGACACUGUGUUGAAUUAAUGAAAAUUCAAUAAAUUUUUAAAAUAAAAAGUGUACAUACACGAUAAAAUUAAAAACACUGUGACCUAUAAGGUUAUUCUGUGGUGAAUGAAGCAAAAAGUACAAACAUACUCCAAGAUGAUUUUCCAGCUGAUUCGAAGAAUUCAUACAAGUCCAGUGUAUAAAGCAGCUGAAUCUUCACUGCUUGCUAAACUCCGGAAAAAAACGGGCUACACAAUCGCUAAUUGCAAGAAAGCAUUAGAAAUGCAUAAUAAUGAUGCAGAUAAGGCUGAGACAUGGCUCCAUGAACAAGCCCAAGCAAUGGGAUGGGCAAAGGCAACUAAAUUAGCUGGCAGGACGGCCCUCCAGGGAUUGGUAGCUGUUAAAUUUGACAAGAACCAUGGUGCUCUGGUGGAACUCAACUGUGAAACUGAUUUUGUGGCCAAGAACGACAAGUUUCAGAAAACGAUUGAAGAUGCAGCUAUAGCCUCAUUCAAAUUCGCUCAUACUAAACUGCAAGCUAAGGGACCUAUAACAAAAAUGGAGCUAGACAGUGAGCAGCUUGGGACACUACAUGCAGAAGGUGGAAAAAAAUUGUCUGAAAUAUUGGCACUCUUUAUUGGCUCUGUCGGUGAAAAUGCAGUGCUGAGGCGUGCCGAGUGCUGGAAAGCGAACAGCGAGGAUGUCAAGAUCGCAGGCUACACCCAUCCAGCGCCUAGCAGUGCUAGUGAUUAUUCCUCUGGAAAAUAUGGGGCCCUGCUCGCUUACAAACAGCCAAACGACGUAGAAGACAUCGGCCGGCAACUAUGCCAACACAUCGUCGGCUGUGCACCCACAAAAAUCGGUGACAAAGAAAAAGACAAACCAGCUAAGAACUCAGAUGAUGAAACAUGUCUUAUUUUCCAGGAAUACUUGCUCGAUCCAUCCUAUACGAUUGAGGAAAUCUUACAGAAACACAACGUAGAAAUCAUUGACUACGUUAGAUUCUCUUGCGGAGAAGUACCUGAAUCUUGUAUGCCAGGAGUCGAAAAGCAACCUUUAGAAACAGUACAAACUCUGCAGUGAAAUGAACUAGAACUUUAAGUUAUUUCGAUUAAGUUAAAAAUAAAUAGUAUAUCUUAAAUAAU